CAUUACCUCUCAUUUUAAAGUUCUCAUUUUCAUCAGGGCAAAGUUAUAAACAUUGUUUCAAGAACUUCAACGAAAAAUCAAAGGAAAAAUAUUUUAAUUAUGGUUUACUUUUUCUCCUAUGGCAUAAAUGAGGAAAACCGAUCUGAAAAGAAAGAGAAAAACAAAUUUUCCAUAUGGCAGCUGUUUCGUUACAGUAAAAAAUGUGACGUAUAUCUUAUGAUAAUUGGAUCAUUUUCUGCUUUCAUCAACGGAGCUGGAUGGCCAAUACUUGCCAUUGUCUUCGGAUCUAUGACAGAUACUUUUCUGACGAAAUCAGCAAGCGAAGCACCAAUAUCAAUUUCUCCAAACGGAACUUCAAUAUUUGGUGAUGAAGAUAUGCAUCCCAAUCAAACGAACGGAAAUGUUACAAACGACAACUUCGAAGAGUCUAUGAAAGCAUUCUCUUUAUAUUAUUUAUAUAUUGGUAUUGGUGUAUUCUUUGCUUCGACAAUCCAAAUAACAUCAUGGGUAUUGGCUUGUGAAAGGCAAGUGUACACGAUGAGACAACAUUUUUUUCGCCAAUUUUUGCGCCAUGAAAUUUCUUGGUUUGAUAAGCAUCAAAGUGGAGAGCUUACAACAAAACUAAACGAUGACCUCGAGCGUGUAAGAGAAGGAAUUGGGGAUAAAUUUAGUAUGCUAAUUCAGUAUGCGUCUACAUUUCUUGCUGGAUUUAUCGUGGGUUUCAUCAAAGGAUGGCAGCUUACAUUAGUGAUUAUGUCCAUGACGCCAUUAUUAACAUUAUCAAGUGCUUAUGUCGGAAAGAGGAUCGCCACUUCUUCAGCUAGAGAGCAAAAGAAAUAUGCGAUUGCUGGUGGAUUAGCAGAAGAAUGUCUAUCAAAUAUCAAAACUGUUACUAUGUUUAAUGGCCAAGAUGGAGAAAUCCAAAGAUACAAAUCAGCGUUAAAUGAAGCCCUCAAAGUUGCAAUUCGAAAAUAUACUGUUACUGGAAUUGCUUUUGGAUUUACUUUCUUUGUGUUAUAUGCAUCUUAUGCUUUGGCAUUUUGGUAUGGAGGAAAAUUAGUGUCAGAAAACAAGAUGACACCUGGUGAUGUAUUUUCAGUAAUUUUUUCUGUAAUGAUUGGAUCAUUUGCUUUAGGUAAUGCUAUGCCACAGUUAGCUGCUGUUGCCACUGCUUAUGGAGCUGGAAGUUCAGUAUUUAAGAUUAUUAAUACGAUACCCAAAAUAGAUCCUUAUUCAAAAGACGGGAUUCAACCAAGAGAGUUUUCAGCGAACAUUAAAUUCCACGAUGUAAAUUUUUCGUAUCCAACUAGAAAAACUGUCCAGGUGUUGAAAAAUUUUUCAUUGCUCAUUAGAGAAGGUCAGACUGUGGCAUUAUGCGGUCCCAGUGGAAGUGGAAAAUCAACUAUAGUUAAUUUAAUUCUCCGUUUUUAUGAUCCUGUUGGAGGCUAUGUAACUUUAGGAGAUUAUAAUUUAAAAACUCUAAAUGUUAGUUGGCUGCGAUCAAAAAUAGGAAUUGUGAGCCAAGAACCUGUUCUUUUUAGUGGCAGUAUAGCAAAAAAUAUUAAAUACGGAAAUGAAAAUAUUACUUUUCCCGAUAUUGUGGCAGCUGCAAAGAUGGCUAACGCUCAUGACUUUAUAUCGAAAUUACCACAGGGGUAUGAUACAUUAGUUGGCGAAAGAGGUGCACAACUUUCAGGUGGACAAAAGCAACGAAUUGCUAUUGCGAGAGCCUUAGUACGUGAUCCAAGAAUUCUUCUUUUAGACGAAGCUACAUCGGCCCUUGAUGCUGAAAGUGAAGCCAUUGUUCAGGAAGCAUUAGAUAAGGCUCAAGAAGGAAGAACAACAGUGGUAAUAGCGCAUCGUCUUUCAACUAUUAGAUCAGCUGAUAUUAUAUGUGCCAUGGAAAAUGGUGAGAUAAAGGAACAAGGAACGCAUGAAGAACUAAUGGAGAGACAAGGAUUAUAUUAUCAGCUCGUCACUAAUCAAGUAUUUACUGAUGAUAAUGCCCAUCGUUCAUCUGAAGAAGAUCAUUUAAAUGAUGCAGAAAAAUUUCUAAGUUUGAAAAGAAAGAGGUCAAGUUUUAGGACCGUAACUCAUCCGGAGCUUCGCCAGAUUAGCAGCCUUCAGCUAGAUUUAGAAGAGGAAGAAGUUCCUAUACCAUCCGCGCUUCAAAUUCUUAAACAAAGCAAAAGCGAGUGGAAAGAGAUUGCUAUUGGGUCUUUAGCUUCUAUUGCAACUGGUUCAAUAAUGCCAGCUUAUGCGGUCUUUUACAGUGAAAUUUUUCAUACCUUCACUCUGUCUGGAGAUGCUUUAAAAGAGUCUACAUUCUUCUGGUCUAUGAUGUUUUUAAUGUUGGCGAUGAUAGCUACUGUGGGUCACGUUUUCAGGACUAUAGGUUAUUCCUUUGCUGGCGAGAAACUUACUACAAGAUUGAGGUAUCAAACAUUCAGCAACGUAUUAAGGCAAGACAUUGCAUGGUUCGAUGAUUAUCGCCACACUUCAGGAAAACUUGCUUCUCGGCUUGCCACGGAUAUUCCACUUAUGAAAUCAGCUGGUGGAUUGCGUAUUGGUACUGUAAUAUCAGGUGUUGUGACACUUCUUGCAAGCAUUACCAUUGCUUUCGUAUUUGGUUGGAAACUUGCAUUGGCAUUGAUCCUUGUGGUACCAAUUCUUCUGAGUGCUGGAGCAAUGCAGAUGAAAAUUUCGAAGGGCAAUCAAAUACGUGAUGCCGAGCUUAUGUCACUCGCUAGUGAAAUUGCCAGUGAAUCAAUUGAGAAUAUUAAAACAGUUCAAAGUCUUAGUCUUGAAAACAGGUUUUAUGAGAGAUAUGUUAGUAAUCUUCUUACACCUUUUAAGGAAAAUAAAAAGAAUUCCCGACUUUAUGCCCUUGCUUACGCGUUUUCUCAAGCUAUCAUGUUUUUCGCUUAUGCUGCAGCGUUUCGCUUAGGAGCAUUUCUAGUGGCAAAAAAUGAUAUGGAACCAGUAAAUGUUUACAGGGUCUUCUUUGCUAUGGCAUUUAGUGCUGUGGCUGUGGGGCAGUGGACUUUAUAUCUUCCUGACUAUGCUAAAGCAAAAUUAUCAGCUGGACUUGUCUUUCAUCUCAUGAAUUUGGUACCAAAUAUUGACAGCAGCUCUGAAGGCGGAAUGCGUCCAGAAGUGAACGGAAAAAUAGAUUUCAUUGAUGUAAAAUUCCGUUACCCAUGCCGUAGAAAUGUUCAGGUUCUUCAAGGAAUCACUCUCACUAUAAACCCUGGUCAAACAGUAGCUCUAGUAGGAGCUAGUGGCUGUGGCAAAAGUACAUUAAUAGCACUGCUAGAAAGAUUUUAUGAUCCUGAAAUUGGAAAAAUUUUAUUGGAUGGACAUGACAUAAAGACGAUAAAUUUGAAGUAUCUUAGAAGUCAGAUGGCCCUUGUUAGUCAAGAACCAGUUUUAUUCAAUUGUACAAUAAAGGAAAAUAUAACUUAUGGGAUUGAAGAUAAAGUAACGGAAUCGGAUAUUGAGGCAGUUACCCGAAUUGCUAAUAUACAUGAUUUCAUCAUAAAUCUACCAAAGGGCUACGACACUGUUGUUGGAGAAAGAGGAACUCAACUUUCUGGCGGUCAGAAACAGCGUAUUGCCAUUGCCCGAGCUUUAAUAAGACAUCCAAAAAUAUUAUUAUUAGAUGAAGCUACUUCCGCUCUAGAUACAGAAAGUGAAAAAGCUGUACAAAAGGCUCUUGAUCAAGCUAGGCAAGGAAGAACGUGUUUAAUCAUAGCUCACAGACUUUCAACAAUACAAAAUGCAGACUGCAUAGCUGUUAUUGGCAACGGUAAAAUUGUUGAAAAAGGAACUCAUCAAGAACUUGUGAGCAAAAAAGGAAUGUAUUAUGAGCUUAUGAAGAAACAGUACAAAUGAUUGAUAGGUCUGAUUGGUUAUGAAGAUAUCAAUGGCUUCUGGCAAGUUCAAUUUAAAAAAAUGCUUCAAUACAUCAUAAUCAUAUAAUAAAUAUAUUCAUCAAGAACGUUUUAUCUCUGCAAUCAUAUUUAUCUCAUAUUCUUUUUUCAACUUCAUUUCUAUUCAUACUAAUUGAAUUUUCAAAACGUAAUUUAAAUCAUCAUUCAAAUUUUGAUAAUCUUAAGAACAGGAUUUGAAGCAAUGACUUACUU